GAGAGCAGACAGCAGACAGAGAGCCGAGAGAAAACGGACAGAGAGCAGACAGAGAACCGACAGUGGGUGGAUAGGCAGCGGACAGACAGCCAACAGAGCACCGUGAAUCGGCUGUGGUUAGGCCGGGGAAACAUGGCAAGCCGAGGUUCUGUGGGGCUUCGCUGCGUCCUGGUCCUAUUCUGCCGGAUCGCUCCGUUAGCUAGCGGAGCUUCCUACCGUGUCCGGCCCCAGUCCACAGCCGUUCUGCACGGGCAAACCGCGGUCCUGAGGUGCGCUUUUGAUAAAAUGGGUCCCAAGGACAUGGUCAUAUGGGAUGGCCCACCGAAUCAAAGAGUGAUAUCAUAUGGCACAAAUGUGUUGCCGGUCUACACCCGACAUCGGGUCGUGGGGGACACGUCACGGGGCGAGUUCAACCUGGAGAUCCGGGACAUCAAACUGGAGGAUGACGGGAAAUACAGCUGCUACACGGACCCGAUGGCGGCUGCAGACGCCAUCUUAACUGUUGUUGUCCCGAUGCCGAACCCUCCACAGAUAUCAGGUGGCGAGCUGAGUUUGACGUCAGGUGAUCAGCUGUCUCUCACCUGCCGAGCGUCAGGUGCGCACCCCUCACCGCGACUCACCUGGCUCAACGGGACGGAACCUUUCCAAUCUUCAGGAGUUUCCAGCGGCGAAGCCCAGAGCCUGGAGCUGUUCUUGGCGCGGGUGACGAAAUGGGAUCACGGCGCCAACUUCACCUGCCGGGCCGACCAGGGCUUCCCUCAACUCGCCAGGCCAAAAGCCUCCUCCAGGAUACUCAGGGUCAAAUACCCGCCGGCGGUGUCGGUGCCCAGUCCGUCCGUCCAUGUGAGAGAGGGCGAGCCGGCCAGCCUCAGCUGUAUGGUGGACAGCAACCCCAAGGCCACGGUAACAUGGCGGAAAGUCGGAGAAGUUCUUCCAUCACUAAACAUUAUCCGGGACCACGUGUUGCAGCUUCCGAAAGUGACCCGAAAGGACGGCGGACUGUACCAUUGUGAGGCGGAUAAUGGGGUCCGACCUGUGGGACUCGGUUCUGUAACUAUGCAGGUUUACUACCCUCCUGUGAUAGAGGCUACCAUGGGGGACCAGGUGACGAUGCUGUACGGCCAGGAUGAUCAGUCCCUGCGGUGUCUCGCCGACGGGAACCCCAAACCUCACAUCCGCUGGCGGCGGAAGGAUACAAGUCUGUACUGGGACAACCCACUCCGCUUCCAUCGGGUUCGUUACGACGUGCAGGGCACGUAUCAAUGCGUGGCUGCCAGCGACGGCUUCCAGCAAGUCACCAAGGACGUCUACGUGGACGUCGUAGGGAAGCCAUCGAUACAGACGGACGCGUCGGCUGCAGCCGCCCAGGGAACUCUCGCGAGACUUCACUGCGAGAUUCUCGGGGACCCGCUGCCCGGCAGGGUCACGUGGUCAUGGCGGAACAAGCAAGGCGCAGAGAACGUUCUCAUGGCAACCGACGCGGGGCUGUCAAUCAUCGAGAAGCCGGUGGAUGACGGGACGUCCAGCACCCUCCUCCUGAAGGAUGUCGGGAAAUCUCAGGAAGGGACGUACAUCUGUCAGGCUGCCAACAUGUUCGGGGAGGCCCGGAGAGAGAUUCACCUGGAAGUUACAGGAUCGGACCAGCCGCUGGUGGUUCUGUCCGUGUGCGGGGCCGCGGCUGUUCUGGUGCUGCUGGCAGCUGUGUGUGUGUGCUGGGCCGUCAGGACACGGCGGGUCUGCGGGAACAAGAGAAAAGCCGGCCCACCCCCGUUGCCCUCGGACCGGUCUCUGGCUGAUGUGCCCUCGGCCCGCUCGCUGUCUGCUUUGCCCAAGCCCGGGAAGAGGCUGGGCCAUGGUACGAACGACUCCGGUGUGGAGGACCUGGAACUGCAGGAGCUGGACGGGACCCUAGACGGGACCCUGAAGCCACGGCCGCCGCCUCGGGGCGACAAACAUUGGGCACACGUCGGGCUCUCCUACUCAGGGCUGGCGCAUGCGCACGCCACCACCUUACCUCCCUACACGACCGUGGAGCGGCACCGUCCGGACGGGGAGGAUAUCCGCGCAUGCGCACGGGAGGACAUCCCGGAGGAGGCUGGCUUGUCAAGUGAUGAGUUCAUAACGAUCGAGGCUCCCCCUGAGCCUCCUCCCAAGAUGCAGCGGGGCCGGUGGAAGACCACAGCGCCUCCUGGCGGCGCCGCCGUGCGGUGCAGUCUGCAUGAAGCUGAAAACGAGCUGAAUGAAAUCCAACAGGCGGACAGCAUCUAAACAGGCGAACAGCAUCUAAACAGGCGGACAGCAUCUAAACAGGCGGACAGCAUCUAAACAGGCGGACAGCAUCUAAACAGGCGGACAGCAUCUAAACAGGCGGACAGCAUCUAAACAGUUAGAGCGGCUCCAGGUUUCCAAAUGGCUGGGUGGUUCCGGCAGACACUAUUUCUGUGUGUCUCACAGGUUUCUGAGUAUUUGCACAUGUUUCUGACCUGGUGUUGGAUUGGAUGAUGGUAUUUAAUAUGUCUUGUUCUCGCAGAGUAAAAGUAAGUAAGGGUUGUUUUCUAUUACCUUGCUGACUUCUUCUUUAAGAAGAAAAUGUGCUGGCCUUAAAUAAGCCUGGGGACAGGCUCCUACGCAAAGUUAAAAAAUGUGACGCUCCUGUCAGCAAGCCAUAUGGAAGCUAAGCUGUGUGUAACUGUAUAUAUAUUAAUAUAUAUGUUGUCAUUCAAAUAAAAAAACAGCAUGGGGUGUGUAGGUGAUAUACACAACUGUGUUCAGGUAACAAUUAGGUCGUUCCAAGAACAGCAUGCAUGUUACCUUGUGGUACUGAUUCCUGUUACACAUAAAACAGUAUGUAAGUAACAGCAAAAUCUGAUAUUGGUAAUAUCAUGUUGAUUGAAAAUAACAAUGACGGAACAAUGAUAGAAGUGAGUAUGAGGAAUGUUACUAGCUAAUGACCUAGUAGCUAAUAAUGAUGUUAUUGCUCAUUGAUCACAUGACCUGUGAAACAGCAAAAGUC